ACAAGUCUGGUUUUCAUUCUAUAUAAACACCCAAAGUCAUACUCUGGUUUUUGGUCGAGGCCUUGAGCUAUAAGGGCAAGGCGGGAGGUCACAUGAUUGCUGCUUAUGACUUGUGGAUAUAUUUACAAUGAAUGUUAAACUCCUCUGUCUAUUUUUUCAAGCAUUAUUAGUUUGCCACACAGGAUACCAUCUGCCCCUGUUGUGCUCCCUCCUCUUCUGUUGCUAUUAUUUUUAUUACUUUUUAAAAAUAAUGUUGGCCUUAAUUCUAUUUUAACUCUUCCGAGAGAGAAAGAGACCAAGAUGGAUUUCUGGUACAAAGUUUGCUGUUGUUGUUGCCAUAGAGAAGAGGAGCUGGAGAAGAACCCACUGGUGGUUAGGGACACCCUUCAGUAUUUUGAAAAGCUGCAGAAACGACGGCGCUCGGAGGCAGUCAACCUGUGGAGUGAGCCUGCAGACAGCACCCACAUGGAGCGGGACGAUGACCAUGAGCUCUACAUGCUGCUGCAGAAGAGGUCCAAAAUGCGCCGGGGGUCAGAGGGCUACCGACGUGUGAGUUUUGAUAUCAGUGCGCAUCGACAGAUCCGUCGGAAGGUGAAGGACCGGUGGAAGCAAAUCCUGGAAGCUUUAGGAUUCAAAGCUGAAGCAGACGGACUUCUGGCAAUCACCUCCGGCACCUCAUACGAAUCCCUUCGUAACCCCCAAGAAGCCCGCAGGCUCAACAAUGCCUUGGCUGAGCAGACAACUAUUUUUGAUCGUCAUCGAGGUGGCCCACCAGAGAGAUACCUCUUUGUCCUGGACCGGCUUCUACUCCUAGAUGUGGGAGAAGAUUUCCUGUCAGCAGCUCGGCACUUCUACCCAGUGGAAGAGGAAAGUGAGGGUGUAUCUUCUGGCAACGAAGGGUUUUCUAGCCCAGAUCCUGUCUUGGUCAAACUGAAUAGUGAUGCUCAGGAAGAGGAAGAAGAGGAAGAUGAGGAAGAUGAGGUGUAUGAAACAGAUUAGGAAUGAGCUGGAGGAGGAGGCUGGAGAAAAAGCUGCACAGACUUGAUGUCUGAAUGGAAGAGUCCAGGAAGUUAAUGUCUUGGGAGCUCCAGCAGACUGGCAGAUGGUCAAAUGGCUUCAUGACGAAUUAUGGCGCUCAUGGAAACUGGCCUCGCUCUCUUUCCUGUGUGCUACUUUUUCAUAUUAUACCUUUUAAUAAAAUGAUGGAUUAGGUUAAUAAUCAACAUUAUUACCUUUAAUGACAUAAACAAGUGAAAUACAAAACUUUAAAAUCAGCUUAACUAACACUGUUGUUCUCAUAAUCUUAUAGCUAAGGCAAGAAAUUUAGCUACUAUAUUGGAUUAAAAUCAGUUAAUAAAUGGAUCACAGUUCUCUCAUCAGAUGAAGUGCUACAUGAGUUUAUUAGAGGAGGAAUUAAAGUUUUCUGAAUGUUUGCAUAAAAGCAAAAGCACAUGCUGAACAGUUUCUAACUCCUUCGAGGAACAAGGACAGAGUCUGUCUUUAAGUAGGAUUUUGUUCAAUCUUCCCUGGAGGAGAGUCAAAGGUAACGUGUUCAUUCUGGCUAAUGAAAAGUCGUGUUGUUGUGAGGAAAUUAAAUUAUUAAGGUAAGGUAACAGGCAUAAUGGCAAAAUGCCCAGCGACCGAGGGGCACAUACUCCUGAUGCAAGGGAUUCUAGCUUUUGUAAUUCUACAUACGGCAAUUGUCUCUUAAUCAGUCUGCAAGCUUGGUUUUCCUUUAACAAAUACAGCAAUUAGUACACUUUCAAUUUUAUUAUUAAAUGCCUCAAUUCAUACUGGUAUCCCAAAGAGCAGUUGGGCUGCCAUUUUACUAUUGAAAACUUAAAGGGCCGGACAAAUAUAAUGAUUCCAUCUUUGAUGAAAAAACUGAAUUGUUGUCGCUGAGCUACAUUUGGCUAACACAAUGGCAUACAUGUGCUGCUUGACCCAUCUGUGAUUAAAUUGG